UUUUCAUUGUGUUGGUGACGCUGAUGAGAAAUACUUGACGUGACAUUAACCUUAAAAUUAAGUUAAUCAAUAGUCAUGUCUGAUAUAACAUUUUCGGCUAAAGCGUAUUGCAAAAUAAUAUUACACGCAGCGAAGUACCCCCAUUGUUCCGUAAAUGGAGUUUUGUUAUCGAAAUCAUCGGCUGCCAAAAGUAAGGAAAUUGAGUUCGUGGAUGCGGUCCCCCUUUUCCACGUUGCACUUCAUUUAACGCCCAUGGCAGAGGUUGCCUUGAUGCAGAUUGACGAACUUGCUGCACAAAAAGGGUUAGUUAUCUCGGGUUAUUACACUGCUCUCGAGAACUUACGGGAGUGUUCCUUUGAAAAGGCCAGUCAUCGAAUAUCAGAGAAACUGCCUUCAAAUUUCCCAUCUCCUUGCCUCGUUGUGGUGGAUAACUGCAAACUGGGCAUUAACUUGGAUAAUAUCGCUUUAAAAGUGGCGCAGUUCAUUGAUGGCAGUUACAAGCCGUUGGAUACCAACCGUAUUUGUUUAAAACCAGACACAACAUUGGACAUCUGUUCCAGUCUUUUAGAAAGGAAUGAUUGUGACCUAAUUGAUUUUGAUAACCAUUUAGACGAUAUUAGUUUAGACUGGAUGAACCCUCAGCUGAACGCGGAAAUAGAAGAUUUGGUGGGAAGGUUUAAUUAACUUGGGUUCAACUGUCAGUUGUGUUACAAGGCCAUUUAAACCAGUUCUGAUACAUUCUGUAUUUGUUUUUAUUUAUUGUUGCGAAUAAAGUAUUGUCUAGAGUUUAUACAACACGAAAAUGUAUUGUAACGUUCACUGCAAUAAACAGGUUGUUUGAUAA